UGAAUUUAAUAGAUAAUCGAACUUCUGACCCUUUGAAAGCAGUUAUGCAAAUUUCUCAAUCUAGCUCUGUAUUGCCAGAUAUUAGUAAAAUGAUGAACCAGACUAUGAAGAGAUCAAAAGAAGGGGGUCACCGAAGAGUUUUCAAAGGACUAAAUAUGCGCAUAGAGAGAGGAAGAAGAAAUUCAAGUCAAAGGAGGAUAUCUAAUUUAGUCAAUAAGACGCCCACAAAAAGAAAGAGUCUUCAAAAAAUACCUCAACCACUGACAAAAUAUCAGAAAAGGUGUGUCAAAAUGCACAUAAAUUUGAUAUCCAGAAGCAGACAGAAAGUAAUAGAUGCUAAAGAAAGAAGAUUUAAAGGGUUUUUCUCCCCAAGGCUUCUAAGCAAGAAAGCAAGCUCCUUCGCUUUCUCAAGGACCAAUGUUCCUAUGAAAACAUCUGACCACCCAUGAGGAGAGAUAAAAAGCUUUUUAAGGACUUAAAUUUAGAGUAAUGAUAGAAUAGUGCUAUUACUAAGAUGCUAAGUCCUUAUCAGCUUCUUGGGUGAGAAGGAUGUCAGAGUUACUAAAUAAUUUUAUCAUA